AUGAUUCGCGAUAUACCGGUUCUCUGUCUUUGCAUUUUGCAUUUAGCAAUGCCUCGAAAAAAACUUCUUUACCUUCCACAUUUUCAAGUGUUUUGGUUGGUUGUUUAUUUGAGUGCAUUUGCACUCGGAUCAUUUUUUGGUUGUGCUUUACGAUCCGCAUAUCGACACACCAAAGGUCAACAACUGAAAAACAUUCGGAGUGGAUUUGCGCUUGGAGUACGAGCACUCGGUAUUGCCACUGUUUUGUCAGUAUCCGGUGUUGGUUUAUUCAUUAUCUCCGUAUCCACAGCACUCCAAGUUGAUACUCCGCAACAGUUCGGCCAAAAAAUGGUCAACUUGUGCGGUGACCGUUUUCGUAUUGAUAGAGGAGAAAGCGUUACAACGUUUUCUGAGUGUUAUCAUGAUCUCGCCGUGAUUAUACCUGAUCACGAUAAAAGAUUUAGAUGA